AUGUUCAGUGUUGGCGCUGUUAUCUGGGUUUUCUCUUUAUUACGCGUUAUGUGGCUCUUCAAAUUGGACAUAGAUGAUCCAACGUACUCCUAUUCUACAUGUGUUAUUUACUCUGCCUUGGAGCCGGCUCUUGGAGUUAUCAACGCAUGCGUCCCGACUAUUAAGCCCGCUAUAAAUAGGCUCUCUAGUAUUUGUACGAAUUGGUGGACUAGGAAAGAAGUCAGCGUUGCGACCACAUCCGGCCUAACAGCAAGUGGAGAGCCCAACGGUUACCGUACAACAUACGACAGCUUCAGCGAUAAUCACCUAUCCAUGGAAAGAGCGGUUCCCCCACACAGUAUUCAUGAGCUACAACGUUUGGAUGGAACUUUAGGAACUGGGGAUGGCAUUAUCGUUACUCGACAGUGGGAAGUAACAGUGGGGAGUCAAUCACACCCAUAA